AUGUCGUUUGGUAAAGCUGUUGUAAAAAAUGCUGAUAUGGAACCAGUUAUGCAAGAAGAUGCUGUACAAAUAGCUGCUGUAGCACGAGAAAAAUAUGAAGUAGACAAAGAUAUUGCAACAUAUAUUAAACAACAUUUUGAUCGAAAAUAUGGACGUACAUGGCAUUGUAUAGUUGGUAAACAAUAUGGAAGUGAUGUUUCCCAUGAAGAACGAUCCUUCAUAUACUUUUUUCUUGGAGAUCGUGCAAUUUUAUUGUAUAAAUCUGGUUGA